AUGAGUGGAAGAAAGAAGAAACAUAUGAAGAGCAGUGUGGGUCAGCUGAACGAGCGUAUGGCAGACGGACGGACACGAGUCCUACGUGGAAAAUGCAACACAUUUACAACAUCGGAUAUAACAUGCCAGCUGGUCAUCGCGGCGACGGCGGCAUGGUGGGGACGAUUUUUAGGCCCGAAAUUCGCCGUAUGUCUAAAAGUGUCUUCAGCGGUCACUGUUUGUUGCACAGACAAAGUAAUUAGUUCGAAUCGAAACACCUGGAGCAGAAGUGUUUGUUUCUUUAAGAAUCAGUCGGAAUGCACUCUCAAUCCGGAGCGAAUCGGAGGGGAGAGGCGGUGCGUGUCGAGCAAAGGAUGGGGAGAUAAUAGAGAAAAUCUCAAGCAAGUGAAUAAGAGAUGGUACAUGAAGGACGAGAAACUGCGUGUCGUAUUGGAAGGUUACGAAGAGAUCUUUUGA